GGCAAAAGGAGGGAAAACAAUGUGACUUGCCUAAACCACAAGCUCCCCUGUCCACCCUCUCUUCAAGACCAACCAGACUACAAAGAAGACCAGGGAGCUCAAAUAAGUUGAAAUGGCUUUAGAAUCCUGUUUCCAAAUGAGCACCAUUGCCUCCACUACUAAAACUACCAGUGGAGCCAGAUUUUUGCAUGCCCACCACCCCUUCUCCUACAAGGAAAAGCAUAAUUUGCCAGCAUACAGUGGAUUAAAGAGAACUAUUUCAGCCCUCUCGACAUCGUCGACUCCAUCUACAUCGAUCUCUUUGGUUAAUAACCGUCGUAACCGAUUCAUCUGUCGAGCUAAAAAUGCUGUGGAUGAAGUCCUGGUGGCGAAUGAUGCCAAUUGGGACAACAUGGUCAUUGGAUGUGAGACACCAGUACUAGUAGAAUUUUGGGCACCAUGGUGUGGUCCAUGCCGGAUGAUCGCACCGAUGAUCGAUGAAUUGGCCAAAGACUAUGCUGGAAAGAUUAUCUGCUGCAAGGUCAACACCGACGAUUGCCCGAACAUCGCAUCCAAGUAUGGGAUUCGGAGCAUCCCAACUGUUCUGCUCUUCAAGAAUGGUGACAAGAAAGAGAGUGUCAUCGGAGCAGUGCCAAAAAGCACAUUGUGUGGUAUCAUAGACAAAUAUUUGGAAAUGUGAUCAGGUUCUUAAUUGUAUGGUCGCAUAAAUGUAGACCAUGGUUGUCAUGUUAGAUCAUGGCAUUGUGAUUUCAUGAAGUUACCGUCUAUAAGUCUCUUCUUGUACUCUUAUUUUUGCCUUUUAACAUUUCUGAAGUUGUGAAAGAAGCUUUAUACCUUAAA